UGUUGUGCGGUACCUUAGACUGUAUACACGUCUAACAGAGCAGACGACAGUAUUACUCUGAUACACACGUCGCCUUUAAUACACCUCCGCCAACAGUGUAUUGAGUGUAUACAUACAGUAAACAGUGAGUGGAGUAACACACAGCUCAGGAUUUUAUCAUUUUAUUGCUGAAGUGUUGUCCGACGUGGGUACAAGAAACGAUCCAUCAAAUUCAAUUAAUGGAUUUUAAUCAAUUCAAUAUCGGAUGCUAAUCACACGAGGAACAUAUCAGUGGGAGGAAACCGGAGUAUCCUGAGAAAACCCGUGUGGCCGCGCAGGUGCCAAUAUCUGGAAGCAUGUGAUAGGAUAUAUCAUUACCACACUAAGGAGUGUAUAAGGAAUCAGAGAGUGUAGAUCCUUACAACAACUGCCUAACAUGACCUUCACCGAACCGGAAUAAUCCAGUAAAACUUAUAGAUCGAGUAUCAGAUACUGAUAUAGUCCUGUGGUAGUUGAUACGGACGAGUGGACGGACACACAUGAAAGGACAGAUGCAAGUGCUUCCCCCGACCGUCCUGUUCCACGAUGAUCAGGAGUUCCAUGACUACAAGAUGAGAGACUACCACCGACCCUCGUUAGACAGUAUCUCAGAAAACAACGACGAUAACAAUAACGAGAACAGCAAAGAUUGUAGUAGUUCGUCGCUGGUAGGGACUCCUCUGAUCACCAUAACCGGAUGUGACGUACAUGACGAUAACGGAAACGGAAGUGCAUCAAAUAAUACGUCUCCGGUGAACAAUUUAACCGGAAGUGAUUCUGAUCUCAGUCGUUUGAAGUUAACCGCCACGAGGCUCAGACUAGGUACGAGGAGAGCUAGUUAUGUGGAAUGGCGGGAAAAAUACUUAGAUCGUCCACGGCGAAGAUCUAAACCGGAUUUAAAAUUAGAUUUCGACGAAAAUGGAAACGACAGUGAUAAACUUACAGAUGAACGAAAAGAACGAAUAAAUGACGCACUGGGAUGGCUGAGGACAGAACUGGAGGAGAUGCGGUCACAGGACCAGGCGUUGGCGAGGACGCUGCUGUCCCUACGUCACGACAUCCAUCAACUCAAGCUCCAGAGGAGCUGUGACGCUCACAAGGACAUGCUGGAGGAGAUGACACUAGAUAUGGAGGACAUGCACGAGCUACGGGAAAUUUCCGACAGCCCCUCGGACGUUCUAGAAAACCCGUUCAAACAUUUGGGAGUGACUCCAAUGAAUUUAUCCGCACGAAGAUUUUCAAUAUUUUGAUAUUUUAUUUUUCAUUUUAAUGGUUGUGAAUUAUUGUUGAAUUUUAGCUAUCAAAAUACAUUGUGUUCCACGAACUUGAUAAAUGCUAUCACAAUUGAAUCAACAGAUAGGACACACAUAUUGAAUAUAACGUUAUUAGAAUACAUAGAAUAAAAACAAGCAAACACAAAGAGUGUUAUGAUUUGCGCGUUUGCAAUGAGAAUAAGAACACAUACUGAAGUGCCUGUACACAAUUAGUGAUCACGUGAUCAUCAUGUACCGUGUGUUGAGGCCACCUGAAGUGUGUGGAGACUGGAUUUUUACACAAAAGUUAUUUUUGUCCAAAAAGAUAACUAUUAUUGUUUGGUUGGGGAUUGGGCUGGGACGGAUCAUAAUCUCGUAUAUCUGUCUUGAACUUAUUGGAUUAUUGAACGUAAAUGUAUUGGAGUAAGGGGGGAGGGGGGAGGGGGGAGGUUAUCAAAUGUAUUGGAGCAAUUGGGGGUUGGUUUAUAACAUUCAGUACCGAGUAGUUAGUAAAUUAUAAAUUAUAUUUGAAAAUAAACGCACGAGAUUGGAUAUUGGAUCAUAAUCAAUUCCCAUAAGUUGGAUAUAUAAUUAUUACCGGUAUAAAACCUACCUUUUAUUCUGACUACUAUGAUCAGAAGACGUUGUGAAAAUGUACAAAUGUUGAUACUGCUGGUAACAAUACCUACUCGGCAGAAUGUGUGGUAUAUGGAUUGCACGGAUUGUUUAAAAGAUAGUUAUAGCGGAUUGAACGCAAAUCAGUUUCAUCCAUAUCGCAUGAUGCCGCUAGGGGUUAAUCAAUGGAUGUAACCGAUUUGCGUUCAUACCGACAUGAAUGUUUUAAAAUCCAUUCAAUACGUAAGGUUACAUUUUGAAUUCAUUAUUAUUGGGUAUCUUGAGUAUAGGUAUACAGUUAUAGUUAUAGUAAUGAAGUUUAUGUAGCGUCAGUUCAUACGACAUUCCUUGAGCAGUCUAGUUUAAUGCCAUCUAAAUGAUUGUGACGAUCUCCAGCUCAUUCUGUGGUAAAGCCAGAUUUUUGACAAAAUCUCGUUUUAUACAAGAAGUUCAUAAAAGAUCACAGUGCGUAAUGGAGAUAAAUUCUAGUUGAUUUGCAGUUAAAUGUUACGAACAAAAUAAUUCAGACACUUGAUUGUUAUCCCUUGUGAAUUCUCGGUCGAACCAGUGACUGGAAAGAUGGUGCUCCUUCAAACAUACAGAAUUAGUUAAGACCAUUAUUGCAAGGUUCUUAGGUUGGAUUUUUGCAGCAAUGGAAGAGGUUAGGGAUGAAAGCGUAUAUAAUGUCCUGUUUAACCUUCGACACCCAUAAUUCUACACACAAGUUAUUUAGUUGUUGCAUUGUACCAAUGUAUCGGUGGAAGGGCGUGUCUGUCGAACUCUCCGAUAUGUCUACCGGUAGUUGCUCUGGUAUGAAAGUACACAUUUAUAAAAUCGCUUUCGAGAAAUAAUAAAAACAUAUAC